GUUCCCUUGUAGAUCCUGAAAGCCUUUCAAGUGAUCUGAGAUUGGCGGACACGGAGAGGUGUAACUAUUAUCAAAUCUGGGCCCUCAAAUCUCGCGCUUCAGUGGGACUAGGUAAUAUGACACAGCCACCGCCACCCGGCGCUUUGCACGAUUAGGAUGCCGGAUCAGGACCGUGUAUUUUCCUCCUCACCUCCACCACAGUUACUUGGACCUUAAAUAAAAACCGCCAAGAUGAACCCCAAUCUCUAUCCUCUUCCCUCCUACCAGUGCUACACUCUGCGCCUCACCAGCACUCAUUAUGCCUUCCACUGUCUUGCCGUCUAGAGGACAAUGCAUCCAACUCUCUGACAACUUUCAGCACUGUCAGUGCCUAUGGUUCUUCCCUCCUGUGUCGCCCCUGCUAGAUCAGAACAUCUGCGGUCUCUGUGGACACGGUAUUCAUGCGCAUGCAGACUAUGUUUCGACCGUCGUUAAUCGUUGCCCCGCGAAUCAAUGCGCCGCGUAUACGACUCUAACACAGCUCUGCACCUGUGGAGCGCCAUUUUUCGAGCACAUCGCUACCGAUAACUCCGAGUAUUAUUUGCGAGAGCCAUGGACUGUUUCGGACUAUUUCAGUGCAGACGGUAAUGGCUCUUCCACCUCGGACAGCUAUACCUACGACCGCAACAGUUCAUCCGACCCGAACACCAGUUCCAUUCCUUCCACUGAUUACAACGGCACCAUUUCUUUUGGCGACGCAAGGAGCAUUCCCUUCACCCCCGAACCCAUUUACUCGGAAAAUCACUCGGGUUAUGCUAACAGCACGGUCAUCUCAUCCGGUACUCAACCCGAUACCACCCAGACCCCGGGAGGUCAUAGCUCAAAUGGCCCCUUCACUCAGUAUCCGAACUAUGUCGUUAACUCACCCUAUGAUCGUCAGCUUGAGGGUGGCGCGACCAAUGGGAGUUUCGAAUACCAGGAUUAUGGGGAUACAAUGUACGCUGAAACCCCUGGAGCCUGGUCGGGCCCAUACAGCGCUUGAUCCAUAGCAACAUCCUAAUUCUUGUUAUCUUCCUUUCCCUCCUCCGACUCAUCGUCGGAUCACUUCUUUUAUUCCUCAUUGUCAUCAUGCUCGCUAUUUCUAUGUCAUCGAUUCUCGAUCUCAGUUCCAUUGCUGGUGAUCGAUUAUACCCACCCCACUUUUUGUUUUUCCCCGCUCGGAUUUUCUCUCGCCAGUCAUUAUUGCGAUGCAGGACUUCAGCCUUUAAUGCCCUCAGUUCUGUUACGCUCGGUUUGAUGCUUUUUCCUUCGUGCUACGUCUUGUCUUUUUCGUUUUCUCUGUUGUAUUUGUUAAUCAGUUCUGCCAAUAUUUGGCUACCAUUUUUUUCGGCUCCGGUCUAUGAUAUAUCUAUUACCUUCAUCGCUUUUACUUGUCGUUGCUCGUCUGUCC